AGGGGUAACGGGCGCAUGAGAGGAGGCGGGACAAUGAAAGUGAAACCUUUUCACCGUCGUCAGUUGAUAGAAACACAUUUUAAGUCGACAGAACUGCGCGGAGAACUGAAGUGUGGUGAGUUUGAUCACAACAUGAGUGUGCGUUUAGAGGAAGAGGAGGACGGAGUAGAGUCUCCUGUACCCAGCUGUCUGUCUCUGAAGAGUGAUAUAUUUGAGUGGAGCAGACAGAGAGCAGAGUCUCCUGUAUCCAGCUGUCUGUCUAUGAAGAGUGAUCUGUCCAAAGAUGAUCCUCCACUCUUCAGUCUUGAACAUGAACCCUCACCCAUAAUAUUUCAGUUGAGCAGACAGAGAGCAGAGUCUCCUGUAUCCAGCUGUCUGUCUAUGAAGAGUGAUCUGUCCAAAGAUGAUCCUCCACUCUUCAGUAAUGAACCUAAACCCUCAGACAUAAAAGUUCAGUGGAGCAGACAGAGAGCAGAGUCUCCUGUAUCCAGCUGUCUGUCUAUGAAGAGUGAUCUGUCCAAAGAUGAUCCUCCACUCUUCAGUCUUGAACAUGAACCCUCACCCAUAAUAUUUCAGUCGAUUAGACAGAGAGCAAAGUCUUUGAACAGUGAUCUGUCCAAAGAUGAUCCUCCACUCUUCAGUCUUGAACAUGAACCCUCACACAGAAAAUUUCAGUUGAGCAGACAGAGAGCAGAGUCUCCUGUAUCCAGCUGUCUGUCUAUGAAGAGUGAUCUGUCCAAAGAUGAUCCUCCACUCUUCAGUCUUGAACAUGAACCCUCAGACAUAAAGCGGAUGAGGAAGAGGACUCAUGUUAUAGAGGAGCAGCCGUCCUGUCCAGUGUGUCAGGACGUCCUGAAGGAUCCCGUCUCUACCAGCUGUGGACAUUGGUUCUGCAGACAGUGCAUCACCUCAUACUGGGACCAGUCUGGUUCACCACGAGACUCCUCCUGUCCUCAGUGUGGAAAAAGAUCCAGAACAAGACCUGGACUGCAGCCAGUCAGUCAGAGCAGCACUGAACAAAUAGAUAGAGGUCUGCAGGAGGUUUUAGAUGAACAUAAGGUCAGCCUGAGGAGGAGAUGUGAGCGUGUCACUGAAGGAAGUGAUGAAACAGGAAGUAGAACCCUCCUCAACAGGAUCUACACUGAGCUCUACAUCACAGAGGGACGGAGUGAAGAGGUGAACACCCAACAUGAGGUGAGACAGCUUGAGACAGACUCUAAAAAGAAGACCCUCCAUGAGACUCCAAUCAAGUGCCAGGACAUCUUUAAAGCCUUACCCGACCAACAGAACCAAAAGACAGAAGCUCAACCCGACCAACAGAAACCCAUCAGAGUGGUUCUGACAAACGGCGUCGCUGGUGUUGGAAAAACCUUCUCAGUGCAGAAGUUCUCUCUGGACUGGGCAGAGGGCUCAGAGAACCAAGACCUCAGUCUGGUGAUCCUGCUUUCAUUCAGGGAGCUGAACUUGAUCAGAGAUAAGCGGUACAGUCUUCUUGAGCUACUGCGUGUUUUCCAUCCAACAUUACAGAAGGUCACAGCAGAGACGCUCGCUGUCUGUAAAGUUCUGUUUAUCUUUGACGGCCUGGAUGAAAGCAGACUGUCAUUGGACUUCAAAAACAGGGAAGUUGUGUCUGAUGUCACACAGAAGUCAUCGUUAAACGCACAGUUCACAAACCUCAUCAAGGGGAAUCUGCUUCCCUCAGCUCUCAUCUGGAUAACUUCUCGACCUGCAGCAGCCAAUCAGAUCCCAACUUUGUUUGUUGACAGGGUAACAGAAGUACGAGGCUUCACUGACGUCCAGAAGGAGGAGUUCUUCAGGAGGAGGUUCAGUGAUGAUGACGAUCUGUCCAGCAGAAUCAUCUCACACAUCAAGGCAUCCCGGAGCCUCCACAUCAUGUGUCUGAUCCCGGUCUUCUGCUGGAUCACUGCCACAGUUCUGGAGCACAUGAUGAGCACAGAGCAGAGAGGAGAGCUUCCCAAGACCCUGACUGACAUGUACUCACACUUCCUGCUGGUUCAGACAAAGAGGAAGAAGAACAAGUAUGAUGAGGGACGUCAGAUGAGUCCACAUGAGCUGAUGGAGGCUGACAGGGAAGUUCUUCUGAAGUUGGGGAGGCUGGCAUUUGAACAUCUGGAGGACGGAAACAUCAUGUUCUACCAAGAAGACCUGGAGCGGUGCGGUCUGGAUGUCACAGAGGCCUCGGUGUACUCAGGAGUUUGUACAGAGAUCUUCAAAACAGAAAGUGUGAUCUUCCAGAAAACAGUCUACUGCUUUGUUCAUCUGAGCGUUCAGGAGUUUCUGGCUGCAGUCUACAUGUUCCACUGUUUCACCAACAGGAACACAACAGUACUGAAGGCUUUUCUGGGAAAAAUACAUGUAGAUUCAACUCUUGAUGUUCUCCUUGAAGAAGCAAUGGAGAAAUCCCUGAGAAGUAAGAACGGUCACCUGGAUCUGUUUGUUCGCUUCCUUCAUGGACUGUCUCUGAAGUCAAACCAGAGACUCUUAGGAGGCCUGCUGGGUCGGAGAGACAACAGUCCAGAAAUGAUCCAGAGAGUCAUCAACAACCUGAAGAAGAAGAACAGUUCUAAUAUCUCUCCCGACAGAAGCAUCAACAUCUUCCACUGUCUGACAGAGAUGAACGACCUCUCGGUCCAUCAGAAGAUCCAAGAGUUCCUGAAGUCAGAGAACAGAUCAGUGAAGAAACUCUCUACGAUCCACUGCUCUGCUCUGGCCUACAUGCUGCAGAUGUCCGAUGAGGUUCUGGAUGAGUUGGACCUGAAGAAGUACAACACAACAGAUGAGGGACGAGGGAGACUGAUUUCAGCUGUGAGGAACUGCAGGAAGGCAGAAUUUUCUGGCUGUGGACUCUCAGAGACUCACUUUGACGUUGUGGCCUCAGCUCUGAAGUCCAACCCCUCCCAUCUCAGAGAGCUGGACCUGAGCUACAAUGAGCUUCAGGAUUCAGGGGUGAAGCUGUCUGCUGGACUGCAGAGUCCAAACUGCAGACUGGAGUCGCUGAGAUUGAGGGACUGCAGGUUGUCAGAGAUCAGCUGUUCUUCUCUGGCCUCAGCUCUGAAGUCCAACCCCUCCCAUCUCAGAGAGUUGGUCCUGAGUGAGAACAAGCUGCAGGAUUCAGGAGUGAAGCUGCUGCGUGAUUAUCUGCAGAGUCCAAACUGUAGACUGGAAACUCUGAGAUUGUGGCGCAGCAGUUUGUCAGAGAUCAGCGGUUCUUCUCUGGCCUCAGCUCUGAAGUCCAACCCCUCCCAUCUCAGAGAGCUGAACCUGAGUGACAACAAGCUGCAGGAUUCAGGAGUGAAGUUGCUGUGUGAUUAUCUGCAGAGUCCAAACUGCAGACUGGAGACUCUGAGAUUGAGGGGCUGCAGUUUGUCAGACAACAGUUGUUCUUCUCUGGCCUCAGCUCUGAAGUCCAACGCCUCCCAUCUCAGAGAGCUGGACCUGAGUGAGAACGAGAAGCUGCAGGAUUCAGGAGUGAAGCUGCUUUGUGAUUAUCUGCAGAGUCCAAACUGCAGACUGGAGACUCUGAGAUUGAGGGGCUGCAGGCUGUCAGAGAUCAGCGGUUCUUCUCUGGCCUCAGCUCUGAAGUCCAACUGCUCCCAUCUCAGAGAGCUGGACCUGAACUACAACCCAAAGCUGCAGGAUUCAGGAGUGAAGAUGCUGUGUGAUUAUCUGCAGAGUCCAAACUGCAGACUGGAAACUCUGAGAUUGAGGGGCUGCAGGUUGUCAGAGAUCAGCUGUUCUUCUCUGGCCUCAGCUCUGAAGUCCAACCCCUCCCAUCUCAGAGAGCUGGACCUGAGUGAGAACGAGCAGCUGCAGGAUUCAGGAGUGAAGCUGCUUUGUGAUUAUCUGCAGAGUCCAAACUGCAGACUGGAGACUCUGAGAUUGAGGGGCUGCAGGUUGUCAGAGAUCAGCUGUUCUUCUCUGGACUCAGCUCUGAAGUCCAACCCCUCCCAUCUCAGAGAGCUGGACCUGAGCAGAAACAAGCUGCCGGAUUCAGGAGUGAAGCUGCUGCGUGAUCUUGAGAAGACUUGAUUUGACUGGAGACUCUGAGGCCUAAGGACUGUGGAUAAACAUCUUGGUUACUUUUUACCAAGAAACAAAGGAACUGAUUAAUGAUUUAAGUCUCCCUCUCAGACAAGCUCUGGAAGACAGGAUAUUAUAAACUUUUACAACGCCUUGAGUAAACAACCAAGCGGAAACAGAACACUCUGCUAUCUACGAAUUGACCCCAAAGACAUGAACUGUGACUGAAACCAGUCUCUGCAAAGUCAUAAAAAUUGACCAUCUGUUGAACGACUGCUGAAGAACUGAUUAAACCACAGUGUUUAAUUCUGUAUCAAAUGCACAUUUAUAUCUUUCUUCAUCUAGAUAUUUCUAAUUGUCACAUUGAAUGUAUUGUAAUCAUCUUUUUAAACUCAAAAUCAAACAUUAUUACGGUCAUUUCUUGUAUUAAGCACCCUGCUGUUUGAGGCACAAGGUAUUUGUAUUUAUUUUGUUUCACAUGCACAUUGAUAAGAAGUUACUUAAAAGUCCCGUUUUAUAGUUUUAAGUUUUAGAAUGUGUUUUGGCUAGCAAAGAUGCUGCAUCUUGGAACCGUAAUUUGAUCAGGUUAACGUGUGUGUGUGUGUAUGUGUGUACAUACAUGUCGAGGUGUGCCUAUGGUUUAAUUCAUAUUCACUUAUAAGGUUUUAAAUAACAAUAUUAAGUUCAUCAUUUUACACAGGUAGAUCGCUGACUCAAUUUCAUCUCAUUGCAGUGUUUCCCACACAGACGAUACCUGGGUGGGGAGCCCAAGUAUACUUCCGACCUGUUUGUAGAGCGGGGGAGAGAGAGAGCGCGCAAGAGAAUGCAGGCACGCGCAAGGACGUGCAGGUAAAACCGGGGCGGGUAAAUGUUUUACCAAAAAGUCAUAUAUAGAAACUAUGCUCCUCUCUGCUGUCAUGACUGUGAGCAUCGCGGGGCACGCUGAGACACACCAACAUACAGCGCAAAUGCACACACAUACACACACACUCUUGCACUGGAGCGCCAGCCACCACGCAAACCUUUAUACUUUUAGUGCUACAGCACACAAUUGGAUCGUGAUCCGUACGGACCGAGGCGGGAGCACACGUGAUCUGGUCAAACGGUCGGUUCGACUUUACUCCGUUCACUCUCACCGUGUCUGCAACUAAUUUGACAAAAGCAACAUCAUCUCACAGCAGCCUGCUGUAGUCUGUGAACAUCUCCACACAGAUUAAAGUUGUUUGUUGCAAACUAAAUUAAGGGAAAACCAUAUGUGAUAUAAAUACAAACGUAAUAUUAAAAUGUACCCUAAAAUAAGAGUUUAAAAAAAAGUAUGUCGAUAUUGUAUUAUUUUUUUUACGACUCACAGAACUGUCAUUUAUUAUAUCUGAAAUUAUUUUGUUUGUUGUGUGCGUAUUAAAUGCGUUUGUAGGCUGUCGGUAAAGGCUACGGCUCACUAUGUGGACUGGUAGAUCUCAGCAGACUGGCAACUUUAAAAGUAGAUCUUGGUUCAAAAAAGGUUGGGCACCCCUGGUAUAGACUAUAGUAAUAUUUUCUUUAUUACUCUUGUUUAGUUCUUACAGUGUUUCCAUUAAAAACGGAAAGUAAGGAACUUCAAAUAAAAGUCUGAAACAUCA